AUGCUGUCCUUUAUCCUCAUCCAGAACCGGCAAGGCAAGACACGGCUGGCAAAAUGGUACGUGCCGUACACCGACGACGAGAAGAUCAAACUUAAGGGCGAGGUCCACCGUCUCGUGGCGCCGCGCGACCAAAAGUACCAGAGCAACUUUGUCGAGUUCCGCAACCACAAGGUUGUCUACCGGCGGUACGCGGGCCUCUUCUUUUGCGCCUGCGUCGACACCAACGACAACGAGCUGGCGUAUCUCGAGGCGAUCCACUUCUUUGUCGAGGUGCUCGACGCCUUCUUCGGCAACGUGUGCGAGCUCGACCUGGUCUUCAACUUUUACAAGGUGUACGCGAUCCUCGACGAGGUGUUUCUGGCGGGCGAGAUUGAGGAGACGAGCAAGCAGGUAGUGCUCACGCGGUUGGAGCACCUGGACAAGCUGGAGUGA